AUGUUUAUUCAACAGUUAUUGAAUAAGUUCAAGUGUCAUAACAUACAAUCGCAUCUACAAAAAAUGAGAUUAAAGAUAACUGGUCAAAAUGGCUUCAAUGAAGUUUUAACUUUAGAUAAUGACUCAACUCUUCAAGAUUUAGUGAAUAAAGUGGCAAUUGAGAGUAAAAUAAUAUCUAUUAGAUACGGUUAUCCACCUGUUAAAGUUGAAUUGAAUCAAGAGAAUUUAUGCCAGAAACUAGAUAAUUUGAAUAUAAGUUCUGGUGAGAAGAUAAGCUUAGUCCUUGAAAGUGAUGGGUUCAAGGGGACAGGAUCGGUUGUUUCUGAAACCCCUGCUAAAAUAUUGAAAGAAACUCAGAUAUAUGUUGAGAUACCUGGUGAAGGAGAAAAAGUCUUACAGACGCAUGUGGUUCCAGAUGAUAACUCUUGUCUAUUCCAUUCUAUAUCCUAUUGCAUGUAUAAGGAGAUCACGUUAGCGCAAGAACUUCGAAAGAUAGUUUCUGAUGAAAUUCUAAAGAAACCUGAUUUUUAUAACAGUGCUAUAUUGGAGAAAAGUAAUAAAGAAUAUGCAAGUUGGAUUCUUAAAAAGGAUUCCUGGGGUGGUGGUAUCGAGAUUUCUAUAUUAUCAGAGAAAUUAGAGGUUGCAAUUUACGUUGUGGACAUUGAUGGAGAAGAUAUUAGCAAAUUCAAUGAGGAUAAGUACGAUAAGUUUAUAAUGAUUGUCUUCAACGGUGUGCAUUACGAUUCAGUGGAGAUUGAAAGCAAUAAAAAAACUGUUUUCGAUAAGAACGAAGAAUUGAAUAGUAACAUAGUGUUAUCGGGAGCGUUGUCUAUCGCAAAACAACUGAAGGAUAAUGGAUACUCAUUCAACACACACAAGGAUAGAAUCAAGUGCAACACAUGUCAAAGGAUCUUAGUUGGUGAACGAGACGUUGCAAAACAUGCUGAAGCAACAGGCCACUACGAUUUUGGACAAGCCAAAUAA